AUGGGCUUAAAAUUUUUGGAACGUUUUACGCAAGCAGACAACAUUUUUCAAUCGUUACGCCCACUUAUCUAUAUCUCGCUCAUCGGUCUGGCACCUUUUCGUAUGAAUUCACAGAAAGGAUUGCGCACAUCUGCUCUGUCCUUUGUCGCUGGAAUUGCACAUUUCUUGUUUUUUGUUCUAUGCUUUUAUCUAUCAUUGCGAGAAGGUGGCUCCAUUGUGGGUUACUUUUUCCAAACAAACAUAACAAAACUGGGUGAUGCAACGCUCUCGCUAACUGGUAUCAUUGCCAUGUUGACUAUUUUCGGAUUUGCGAUUUUUAAACGGAACGCUCUAAUACAAAUCAUACAGAAUAAUUUGGUUGUUGAUGAGAUUUUCGUGCGCCUUGGCAUUAAACUCGAUUAUCGUAAGAUUUUGUGGUACUCGUUUGUCAUAUCGGUGGGUAUGUUGCUCUUUAACGCCAUCUAUUUAUGUGUUAGCUAUAUGUUGCUGCGGUCCGCUCUGAUCUUGCCCACGUUCGUGGUUUUUACGACAUUUGCUUUGCCGCACAUCAAUAUCAGUGUGAUGGUCUUCAAGUUUCUUUGCACUACACAUUUGGCUAAAAGUCGCUUCAUUAUGCUGAAUGAGAUUCUCCAAGAAAUUUUGGACUCGCAUAUUGAACAGUCUAAUGCAAUGGAGCUAUCACCAAUGCAUUCUGCUAUUGGCAUUAAUCACAAUACAACGCAACAUCGUCGCGUUAAUCCAGUUAUGCAAACAGCUACUCCACGGUACAGUGUUACAUCGAUAAUACGUCAAAAUCCUGAACUAUCACUAAAGCAAGUUACGAAUGUACACAAUUUACUGUGUGAUAUAUGCAAUACAAUUGAGGAGUAUUUUGCAUAUCCCAUGCUGGCUAUCAUAGCUAUAUCCUUUCUAUUUAUAUUGUUCGAUGAUUUUUAUAUACUUGAAGUAGUGCUGAACCCACAUUGUGUGGAAACUGUUGAAGCUGAUGAAUUUUUUGUGUUUUUCUUUGCACAAAUGCUCUGGUAUGUAAUUAUUAUAAUCCUAAUUGUUGAAGGCAGCAGUAAUACAAUUAAGGAGAGCGGAAAAAGUGCUGCUAUUGUGCACAAAAUACUCAACAUAACUGAUGAUCCAGAAAUACGUGAUCGUCUAUUACGUCUCACAUUGCAGCUAUCACACAGACGCGUACGUUUUACUGCAGCUGGACUAUUCAAUUUAGAUCGAACGCUAAUUUUUACGAUUACCGGUGCUGCCACUUGUUAUCUCAUCAUUUUAAUACAAUUCCGUACUAUGUCACACCGUGAUGGAGGAACUGGGUCUGCAAAUGCUACAGAUAGAUGUAUACCUUAAUCGGUUUAUGCAAUUUUAAUGUUGCUUUUUACUGUUAUAGAUUACAAGAUGUGUAUAUUUAUAUUAAUGUAAUAAUGCCUUGUAAAUUUGCGAUUU